CUCCUCUCCCUCCGGAGCCAACAUCUUCAGUUACUUGCCUGCGACAGACAAGACCAGACCGGUCCAGCUCCAGAGGCGGAGUCCGGAGAGGCAGGAAAUGCUCAGCACCCACCCCACCCCCCACUGAUAGGGCUGGGACAUCGGAGGCACCAGAGGGACCACCACAGAUGCUGCCCCAAUUCUCCCCACACCUGGACCCAGCUUUGGUGCUGACUUGAACCUGCAGUCUGAGACACCGGCCAGAAGAUGGAAUCCCUUCCUGAGCCGCUGCUGGUGCGGAUCCUGGCUUCCGUCCCGGCAGUGGAGCUGAUCCUGGUGUGCCGGCUGGUCUGCUCCCAGUGGAAGACCCUGAUCGAUGGGGCGGCCCUUUGGCUCCUGAAGUGCCAGCAGGGUGGUUUCGCUGGAGAAGACGCAGAAGAGGAGGGGAGCGAGAACUGGCAGAUGCUUUACUUCCUUAAUAAGCGAAAGAAGAACUUGAUCAAGAACGCCACUGGCGAAGAGGGCCUCGAACACUGGGCAGAAGUGGAAAGCGGAGGCGACGGCUGGAAAAUCGAGGAGCUGCCAGGAGACUUUGGGAAAGAAUUUCCCGUUGAUGAGGUCCAUAAGUACUUUGUCACAUCUUUUGAGUGGUGCCGCAAAUCACAAGUCAUCGAUCUCCAGGCUGAAGGAUACUGGGAGGAGCUGAUGGACACAAUCCAGCCAAAAAUCGUGGUGAAGGACUGGUACGCGGCCAGGUGUGACGCCGGCUGCUUGUAUGAGCUGAAUGUGAAGCUGCUGUCCGAGACUGACGAGGUGGUGGCCGAGUUCAGGAGCGAGACGAUUGCUCUCCCGCAAGACAAUGAAGGCGAAUGGAAUGAGAUCACCCACACGUUCACCGACUACGGCCCCGGGGUUCGCUUCAUCUAUUUCGAACACGGUGGCCAGGACACCGUCUACUGGAAGGGCUGGUACGGAGCACGCAUGACCCACAGUAGCGUAACUGUGGAGCUGUAAUAUUAGUCCUCAGAAGGAUGGAGCCGGGUUACAGCCCGGGCAGUGGAGUGUUCCUCAUUGAGGAAAGAGGGAACUUUGGGAUGGUUGCGCUCUGGGCAGGAGUAAACGUUCUGCUAAAACAAUAUCUGCCAGAUUUGGAGUUGUUGCUGUGAUCUAAUUCUCUAGAAAUCCAGACACAAAAAGUAAAAAGAAAAGAAGACGAAACUUUCCCUUGACUUGAACACUGAUGAAGCUCAGAAUCUUGCCUAUUUGGAAACAUCUGCGCUGUGACUGUCCUUCUGCUUGCAAUUUAAGAACACCAAUGCUUGAAGGGGAAAGUUAGCAAAUGGGGUGUGUGUGUGUGUGUGGGGGGGGGGUAGCCGGGUGCAGGAAUGAGCCUAAAUCCAUUCGGUUUGUCCCUUCCUUGUGUGCGAAUGACAGACAUAUUUGUGUGUGUUAUAAAGUUCCACGUAAAGGUGCUGCUGCUGAGAGCCACGAAUGGCCUCCAGGCAAAGAUUCUCUGUGCCCCCCGCCCCCCGACAGCUUGUGAAAAACAAACCUCAAGACGUAUCCAGCUCUGUUGGUUUCCACAGAGCCCAGAGUCCCCAUGAAUUCCAUCCCUUUCCAGCUUUCGGUUACCCUGCAAGAAUUGGUACAGGUGAAUCAGAGAGAUGCUCAAAUCUCUCUCGGGAAACCUGCCUUGUGUUUGGAAUCGUGGGGCACAGAGAUUAGCCAUGGAAGGCAGUCUCCCUUCUGAACAUGGCUUCCUUUGUGUCCUGCUAUGUUUUCAAAACAAUAAAUGCAGCUUAGCUUGAAAAUAGACCUUAAGAACAACAAAAAAUAAAGCUCUCACAUAUUAAACAAGCAGGACACACGGCCACUCGCAACAAGGGUGUCCAAAUUAGCAUCAUUUAUCAAAUGCAGGGGGAGAGGCCGAGAAGCAAAUUUCCUUGGAAAAAAACACCUGUUCAGAUUUUUUUAAAAAGACUUCAUGUUGUGGAUGCUACUGAAUUUAAGGGGAAGAAGGAAAUACCAAUAGCCGAUUUUGGAAAUUAACAGACCUUUGAGUACCUCUCAGAGCUGAAUUUUCAAACCACUAUUUUGCCUUGGGUCAAAUUUGGCAUCGAAAAGACCAAGGGGCACAACCCCACCCACCCAGCCAACCAACUCCUGAAUGAAUGAGCUACAGCCAAAGAAACCACCGUUGUUGCACUGCAAGGAAGCAAACAGCCAGAAUCCCAAAUGCCUGCUCCAGUUUAUGUCACUUUUGGGGCACUUCUUCUGUGUAUGACCACUUGGUGUCACCUGAAAUCCCAGUGGCUGCCUCCGCUUCUUAACACCAGCCUGGUGCCCGCCUGGCAAAGAAUGCUAAUCUGCAUUGUCCUGUAUCCAAGGCUGGGAAGAAAUCUAUGGUCAUCUCCCUGGGCCUCCCUUGUGUGCCUGCAAGGCGCCUGGGCUGCUUUAGACAAAUAUGAAAAUAAAUAUUGGGUCACUAGAA